AUGUCGAGACGUUCAUCGUCAUUGUCGUCUGUUCUGGUUAUUUUCCGGUGUGCUGCUGCCAUCUGCUGCUUCAUCUUUGGCCUUACUGGUGUAACAGAAGCUCAGGCUCCUUCUCAAGCUCCUACAUCUCAACCUCAAGCCACCACAGAUCCGUCUGAAGCGAAAGCUUUGAAUUCAAUAUUUGCACAAUGGGGGAUUGAGGCCAAUACGGAGCAAUGGAACACAACUGGAGACCCAUGUAGUGGAGCUGCCAUUGACUCCACCGCAUUCGGCGAUGACGAUCACAACCCUUUCAUCAAAUGCGAAUGCUCGGAUAAUGUCACUUGCCACAUUACCCAACUGAAAGUUUAUGCUUUGGAUGUUGAUGGUGUACUUCCAGAUGAGCUAUGGACAUUGAGCUACCUAUCUAAUCUCAUCCACCAAGGAAAGAGCCAAUUUGUAACUGAGAUUGCCACUAUAUCUGCCGUGCAACACAAUAACCUUGUGACUUUGUAUGGGUUCUGUGCUGAGGGAGUAAAAAGGCUCCUUGUCUAUGAGUAUUUGGAAAACAAUAGUCUUGAUCAAGCAUUGUUUGGAAAGAAAAAUCUGAACCUUGAUUGGUCAACACGAUUUGACAUAUGCUUGGGAGUGGCUAGAGGUUUAACUUAUCUUCAUGAGGAAUCAAGGCUUCGUAUAGUUCAUAGGGACGUGAAGGCCAGUAAUAUCCUGCUGGAUUCUAAUCUCAUCCCCAAGAUAUCGGAUUUUGGUUUGGCCAAGCUUUAUGACAAUAAAAUGACCCACAUAAGUACCGGGGUUGCUGGAACAAUAGGGUAUCUUGCACCGGAAUAUGCCAUGCGUGGACACCUUACAGAAAAGACCGAUGUGUUUGCAUUCGGUGUUGUAGCUCUAGAAAUUGUCAGUGGCAGGCCAAAUUCUGACCCGAGUUUGGAAGAAGAUAAGAUGUAUCUUCUGGAAUGGGCUUGGAACUUGCAUGAGAACAACCAUGAACUUGAACUGGUGGACUAUAGAUUAUCCGAAUUCAGCGAGGAAGAAGCAAAACGAAUAAUGAAGAUAGGACUUUUGUGCACUCAAACAUCACCAAUGCUGCGACCGACAAUGUCUGGUGUUGUGGGAAUGCUUACAGGAGCUAUUGAAGUGACAACAGCUGUUUCAAAACCCGGUUACUUGACUGACUUGAAAUUCAUUGAUGCUACUGCCAGCAACAUAUCACUUGGUAUGUCAACCCAAGGAACUGAUUCGAGCUUUUAUAAUUCAUCUGCUAGUACAAGUAUAGUAGGGGAUGCGAGGCAAACACCUUCAAAUGCCACUCAUCCCAUUCUUCACGAUACUGUUAAUGAUGGCCGUUGAGAAGUUUGAAGGAAUUGAUAAAAAAGGAACACAGCCCGAUCGAUUUUUAUGUUCUAUGUACACAUAGUUUGAUAUUCAUAUGUGAUAAAUUCAUAUGGAUUGAUUUAUUAUCUUGUUCGUCUUUCU